CCUGUGAGUGAAACGGUGAAAAAGCUCUCACCGAUAGAGUCUACGCAUCGUUUGUACGUGUAUUAUAUGAAACUGAACCAGAAAGCGAUUUCCUCGUAGAUCGGAUUGUUAAUGUUUCCCAGUCAAACAUCUAGAAUGAUUUCAAAAUCAAAGGUGCUGGUUUUCCUGCUGUUUUACACUGGUAUUGGUGUGUUUUUCAAAACGGGCUACCAUUUGACUCAUUAUGCUGUGGACCAAAAGCUGUGUGCUUGCAUAAAAUGUUUAUCAGACUAUAAGCAGUUGCUUCUGGAUCAAUCGAAUGGAAGUGUUCAACCAUUUUUGACUGCAAACUUAAACCUCUCACAGAAUGAAUUCAACUGGUGGAAGGAUUUGCAGGCUGAAAGCCGUAGCUUCAGAGUUUAUGAAACAACGGUGGCCAACUUGUUUCAGAUCUUCCCACAGAAUCCAGAUGUUAUACAACCCAAAUAUGACCACUGCAGGACUUGUGCUGUGGUGGGUAAUUCUGGUAAUUUAAGGAGAUCGCAUUAUGGACCGCUGAUAGAUUUACAUGAAGUUGUCAUAAGAAUGAACACUGGUAUUACCAGAGGCUUUGAAAAAGACGUUGGAAACAAGACAGUCAUGGUGGUAAAUCCAGCUUUCAUGAAAUAUGUACAUGAGGUUUGGCUUGGAAAUAAGGGACGUUAUCCAUCCACUGGCUUUAUGGCUUUGAUUCUUGCACUUCACAUUUGUGAUGAGGUUGAUGUGUUUGGUUAUGGCGCUGACAGUGAUGGAAACUGGAGUCACUACUGGGAAAUACUCACAAACAAAAGGUUAAGAACUGGAGUACAUCCUGGAAAUUAUGAGUAUAACAUCAUCCAGCAACUAGCUCAGCAACAAAAAAUUAAGUUCUAUGAAGGCCUAAUGAAAAAAAUGUGAUUGAAUGCCAUACACUCAGUGGGGAAAGAACUGAAAGCCAAAUGGAUGUGUAUCUACAACUACAGUAAUUUCCUAACCCUCCUAACUGAAACUGAUAUUGGGAAUCUUUAGGAAGGACUAGUAAUCAUGAAAGGGGUUACGUUAAAGAAGUCAUUGGAUAUGUGACAUUUUGGUAGUUUUUCCCCCCUAAUCCAUAGCUUAAAUUAACCAUGUAAAAAAAAAUGUACCCAGGGGUUAUACUCUUUAGUAGUUUCUAACAUCUAAGGUUCUUAAGAAAUGAAGUAUUUUCUUAAGAGUUGGCAGAAUUACAAGAAGACAGACAACAGCAGUAUUAUUCUUAGUUAAAGUAAGCUGUUUGUAUGAAAAGGAAAAUGGUGUGGUAAAGUAACUUAUAACAUAGAGGGUGUUUAAUUCAUGUAAUGAAUAUUGUCAGCAUUUCCUAAUACAGUCACCAAAUAUUUAGAUUUGUAGAAUUUUACAGGGUUGAUCUCCUUAAACUUGUGUUAUUGUUAUUAUGCAAGUGGAGAGCUGUCCUACUCUCAGAGUAGGAAGGACUCAAACACAA